CCUAUCUUAUUCAAACUCGUUACACAUUUGUCGACUUCAAAUGUCUUCUAGCUUUUGUGACUGCAGGCUUCCCAACACAUUCCAAAUAAGAAAUAACUUGGGGAGCAUUUCCGACUUGCUGCAGUGCCGAUGCGGCGAAAUUGGGGUCAGUAAUGUCAAUCCUUGGGCAUGGAACGCCGACGAAAAGACAAAUGCUUUGGUCAGUGGGAGAGACAUCAUAUUCAAUCCAAUCAAGAGUCGAGGCACUUCCAUAGUGAGGGGAAGUCGAUCUCUAAAACCUGGUAUGGUUCACUUUUGGGAGAUGCUCGCUAUCUCUCCCCUAUUCGGAACUGACGUGAUGUUUGGCAUCGGCACGCAGAGCGUAGAUCUAGCGGAAUAUAAAUCUCGAUAUAGAUCUGCAUUGGGAAGGAGUGAACAUUCCUGGGGUUUCUCGUACUCUGGAAACGUUCAGCAUUGCGGAAUUAAAACAUCAUAUUGCCAAGAGUUUUCCAAAGGCUCGCUUAUUGGCGUCUAUUUGGAUCGUUCGCGAGGUCAUUUGGAGUUUUUUCUAAACCGAAAACGAUUAGGCUUAGCUUAUACUAACGUGCCUGUGAAUCCAAACGUGGAUAUAUAUCCCAUGGUCUGCUCAACAGCCUUACAAAGUGUUAUAAGACUUGUUAAUAGCACCUCAAUGCCGGACACACUUUUGCUCCGAUCAUUUCAAGCCUUGUCAACCGAUCAACGCUCCGAACUUCGUAAAAUUCCGGGACUCGAGAAGAUUUUAAAGUUCUAUUGGUUUUUGGACAUGCCAUUUCUCCACACCAAGCGAUAAACUUGUAUUAAAUCAU